AUGUUUGAACGACCGUGCUGCGACGGCGAACCAGUCGAAAGAUUCGAUGGAGUACUCGGUUGUGACCGCCAGGCGUGUAUAUUAGCGCACCCAAACGAUCCAGAAUGGAGGACUGCCGAGACCGCCAGUCGCGCCCCGCCGCCCCGUCUGCCUCUCCAGAGUAGCAACAGAACUCAAGAUUACGACAUUACAUCAAACCCAAAGCGCGAUGCAGGAUCAAGUCAGACCCGCCCAAUCCCCACGGGCCCAAGGAAGCGAACUGCCAUCACGAUGCAGCCCACCCAAGUCCAAGCUUCUACCUGUGAUAGCACGAGUAGUUCACUCUGCGGCCGGCCAGCUAAAGCACCACCGACUCUUCCUGCUGCACUGAGGUCCCAUCUCUCUUCGGCCGAGUCACAGAUGCCCGCCAAAUUGAAGAUCAACAUCACUAACAAUUCGUUUUCGGAUCUACCGCGCGCCGAGGCUCCUGCUAUCCCAACACCGCCGACCAGUACUCCUCCACCCCUGCCCCCGCCUAGUGAACCUGCGGACCUUUCCACACCCGUCCCGCCGUCACCGCCGCGCCUGCGCUGGGCAUCGAUCGAGACGUCGAAAGGCCCCGGGAAGGCACCCGCCGGGCGCAGUUGCACGGACAGCAUGAGCCUUCCGGAUCGACACCGAACGUGGGAUGAGCGCAUCCAGCGGCUUACUUCAUCGUCCGCCUUCUCAUCUCUUCCCGAACCUGAGCGCACCACGAUACAGUCUCAACUCAGCGCUGCUGAAGAGAAAUGCACUGCCAAAGCAGAGGAGCUGAAGGAUGCGCUCUUGCGGUUGGCGGAGUCCAAUUUCUGGCCGCUAGUCGAGCAGUCAGAAUCGAAGGCUCCUUCAUCCGCGGUCAGCGAGCAGCUGGUUGCAGAGAUCGGGAGUCUAAGGAACACAGUCGCCGAUCUGCAAAGUUACCUUGGUGAGGUGCAGCGGCAGUUACACGCGGCUGCGUCGGGAGAUAAUGCAGGAUGCGGCGAACCUAGCAGUAAACGCCGUCGAGUGGACCAUGACGCUGGGUCAUCUAGCGUCGUUUCGGAGCUGGACUCAAUGCGAACACGUCUCUCACAGUUUCAUGACACACUCGUGACGCUUGAGAGUUCAUUCCGCGCACACAAGGACCAUGUGCGCAACGAGAUGGACGAUGUUUUCAGGAAGCGAGAUGCACUCAUCGAGGACAAACGUGCAGAGUUCACGCAGCACUGUGACAAGACGGAAUACGAGAUAGAGGAGCUUGCCCGUGAGAUGGACGCUCUGAGCAUCCGGACAGACACGGUGAACAAAGAAAACAUUCGACUGAAGCGCGAGGUGGCGACUCUCGCGCGCCAAAUUGAACAGCUAAAGACGAAGCAACGUGACCAGAUUGAUGUCAUGCAACGCGAAAUUCGCGAGCUCAAGGCCCUCGUCGCAGAGCGCCUGCCGGCCUCGACCCCCUCAACGGUCAACUCGCCGCCGAGGCUUGAGUCGCCUUGGGAUCCGGAGGUGUUGUUCGAGGCAGUCCGGCCGCAUCUCAUUCAGUCCAUCCGCGAUGAGAUGCGGCCGGAGCUGUCUAUCUUCUACACGCGCAUUCAAGACAUCCUCCGUUCCGGGUACAAUCCGGGCAUGGGCAGAGAAUAUCGGGGUGGUCGACGGGGAUGGACUUAUUGA